AAAAUUUGACUAUAUAAAUGCCCUCAUUAUAAGCAUUCAUCACAAACCACCAGCCAUGAGAGCUGUUGUGCUUGCCCUGACUGUGGCCCUUGUGGCAAGUCAACAGAUCAACCUUGUUCCAGAGUUUGCCGCUGGUAAGACCUAUGUAUACAAGUAUGAGGGUCUGCUUUUGGGCGGUCUGCCUCAGGAGGGUCUGGGCAAGGCUGGUGUAAAAGUCAGCAGCAAGGUUCUCAUCAGGGCUGAAGCAUCGACCACCUUUCUUCUGAAGCUCCAGGAUCCUCAGCUCUUCGAGUAUGCCGGCAUCUGGCCUCAGGAUUCUUUCAGUCCCGCUGCAAAGCUCCUCGCCGCACUGAACGCUCAGCUUCAAAUUCCCAUCAAAUUUGAGUAUGCUAGUGGUGUGGUUGGUAAGAUUUACGCCCCGGCUGGAGUGUCUGCUACUGUCCUGAACUUGUACAGAGGAAUCCUCAACAUCCUUCAGCUCAAUCUCAAGAACACCCAGAAUGUCUAUGAGAUGCAUGAGGCUGGAACUCAUGGAGUCUGCAAGGCCCACUAUAUGAUCAGUGAAGAUGCAAAGACCAAUCAGAUUGUUGUGAGAAAAUCUAAAGACUUUACCCACUGCCAUGAGAGGGUCAUCAAGGAUAUUGGUUUGGCUUAUGCUGAGAAGUGUGCUGAAUGCCAGCAGAGGCUUCAGAGUUUGACCGGAACUGCAACUCACACCUACAUCAUGAAGCCAUCAGAUGCUGGAGCUGUGGUCGCCGAGGCUACAGUUGAGGAGCUACACCAGUUCUCACUGUUCAAUACCAUCACUGGAGCAGCCCAAAUGAAAGCCACGCAAACUCUGACACUGCUGGAAGUACAGAACACCGCUAUUGCUCCAAUCGGUGGUGAUUAUGCAGCUCGUGGAUCCUUGAAAUACGAGUUUGCCACUGAAAUUCUGCAGACCCCCAUUCAGCUUCUGAAGAUCAACAACGCAGAGGCUCAGAUUGUAGAAGUUUUGAAUCAUCUGGCUACAAACGAUAUGGAUGUGAUCCAUGAAGAUGCUCCACUGAAGUUCCUUCAGCUUGUCCAACUCCUGCGUGUUGCUACUUUUGAGAACAUUCAAACCAUUUGGGAUCAGUACAAGACCAAACCAGUUCACAGACGUUGGAUUCUGGAUGCAGCCCCUGUUGCGGGAACAUCAGUGGCACUGCGCUUCAUUGAGGAAAAGUUUAAUGCUGGUGAAUUCACCACCGCUGAAUUCACUCAGGCCCUACUGGUUGGUCUGCACAUGGCCACAGCUGACCAGGGAGCUAUUCAGCACAUUGCUCGUCUAGCACUGAGCCCCAAAAUCAAGGCAAUUCAAGCAGUGCAUGAGGUGGUUAUGCUUGGUUAUGGUUCCAUGGUUGCCAGACACUGCGCUGAAGAUCCGUCCUGUUCUCCUGAUCUCCUCAAGCCCAUCCAUGACCUUGCUGCUGAAGCCAUUUCCAAGGCUGACAUUUCUGAAGUCACCCUGGCUGUGAAAGCUCUGGGCAAUGCUGGUCACCCUGCUAGCCUUAAACCCAUCAUGAAGAUCCUGCCAGGAUUUGGAGCUGCUGCUGCAAACAUGCCCAUGAAAGUCCAAGUUGAUGCCAUCUUGGCUCUCAGGAACAUUGCCAAGAAGGAGCCAAAGAUAGUUCAGCCAGUGGCCCUGCAACUUUUUAUGGAUAGGACUCUUCAUCCUGAAGUGCGUAUGGUUGCCUGUAUUGCACUUUUCGAGACCAAGCCCUCAGUGGCUCUAAUGUCCACUGUUGCUGGAGCUAUGGAUAAAGAGCCCAGCAUGGAAGUUGCCAGCUUCGCAUACUCUCACAUCAAGUCUCUGACCAGAAGCAUGUCCCCUGAUUUGAUGAAUGUGGCUGCUGCAGCUAAUGUCGCCAUCAGAAUGUUGUGCCCCAAAAUGGACAGACUGAGCUACCUUUCAAGCACUGCUCUCCACUUGGACCUUUAUGUUUCUCCUGUCAUGGUUGGUGCAGCUGGAAGUGCUUUCAUCAUCAAUGAUGCUGCCACCAUCUUGCCCAGAGCUGUUGUUGCAAAAACUCGUGCCUACUUGGCCGGAGCAGCUGCUGAUGUUCUUGAGGUUGGUGUGAGAACUGAGGGACUCCAAGAAGCUCUAAAGAGAACUCCUGCUGGAGAUGAGAAUGCUGAUCGCAUGACCAAGAUAAAGCACACUUUGAGAGCACUGAUGAACUGGAAGGCUCUACCGGCUACUCAGCCACUGGCCUCCAUCUAUGUGAAACUCUUUGGACAGGAAAUUGCUUUUGCCAACAUUGAUAAAACCUUCAUUGAGCAGAUCAUUGAUCAGGCAGCACAGACUGCAAAACCACGUGCACGCGAACUGAUGAAGGAGGCCGUUAAAGCCUUGCAGGAUGGAAUCGCCUUCCAAUAUACCAAGCCUUUGCUGGCAGCUGAGAUUCGCCGCAUUAUCCCCACUGCUGUUGGUGUGCCCAUAGAGCUUGGUUUUUACACCGCUGCUGUUGCUGCUGCAGCUGUUAAUGUGAAGGCCGACAUCACACCUCGCCUACCUGAGCAGCUAGAGACUGUCUCUCUUGAUCAGUUGAAGAACUCAGACUUCCAGGUGAAAGCUGAGGCUAGACCAAGUGCUGCCAUACACACUUUUGCUGUGAUUGGAGUGAACACUGCCUUGAUUCAGGCUGCUGUCAUGGCUAAAGGAAAGGUCCACACUGCUGUACCAGGAAAAGUGGCUGUGAGAGCUGAUCUUCCAAAGGGAAAUUUCAAGGUGGAGGUUCUUCCUGCUGCUACUCCCGAUCAUGUUGCUGCUGUCAGCUUUGAGACUCUUGCUGUAGCCAGAAAUAUUGAGGAUCUCCCUGCUGAGAGAGUAGCAUCUCUGGCACCUGCAGUGCCCGUCGGUGCUGAGUCCUGGAUUCCUGCUUCAAUUCAGAAGACCUUGUGUGGUACUGUUCCCUACUUCCAUGUUAAAGGAUGUGUUGAGGUUGCCUCACGCCAUGCUGGCUUCAUGGGCUACAACCCUCUGUACUACUUGGUUGGACAGCACAAAGCUCGCAUUUCAGUGGCAAGAGGUGAUGGUCCUGCUCUUGAAAGACUGGAGUUUGAGGUUCACGUUGGUGCUAAUGCAGCUGAGAAGCUUGCUAGGCAAUACAGUGCUGAAUCUGAAAAUCAAGAAGAAAACAUCAUCCUGAUGAAACUGAGAGAAAUCCUGGAGGCUGGACUGAAGAACAAGAACUCUUCAAGCAGCUCAAGCAGCUCAAGCAGGUCGAGUCGCUCAAGUCGUUCAAGUCGUUCAAGCCAGUCAAGCUCCAUCAGCAGCAGCAGGAGUUCCAGUAGCUCCUCAAGAUCUUCCAGCUCCCAAAUGUUUAGGGGCAAUGAUACCUAUGGCCCCUUCCAGAAAUUCCAUAAGGAUCAGUACUUGACGUCAAAUGCAAGGUCCAGCAGUGCAUCUAGCAUUGAGACCCUCCAAAGAAAGGUUAAGCUCCUUGAAGAUGCUGUUCCAGCUGUACUUGCCAUCAUUGCUCGUGUUGUUAGAAGUGAUCGUAAUGUGGGAUACCAGCUCGCUGCUUACUUGGAUAAGCCCACUUCAAGAGCACAGAUUACAUUGUCCCCCAUUGCUGAGAAAUGGAAGUUGUGCGCUGAUGCUGUACUGCCAAGCCAGCAUAAAGUCAGCGCUAAGCUUGGAUGGGGACCAGAGUGCCAGGACUAUUCUGCUACUGUAAAGGCUGAGGCUGGAGUGAUUGAAUCAAACCCUGCUGCUCGUUUUGAAGUGGCGUGGGACAAACUCCCAAGUCUUCUGACCCGUGCAGCCAUGCAUGCUCAAAGAGUCGCCACUGAGUAUAUCCCAUUGCUCAAAGCAGCUCGUCUGGCUGGAUUUUCUCUUGAUAAAGCUGAAAACAACAAAGACAAGGAGGUUGCCUUCAUUAUUGCACUACCAACUCAGAAGUCUGUGAACAUCAUUGUGAGAGCUCCAAAGAUGACCCUGUCAAAGAUGAAUGUGGCUGUUCCUGUUGCUGUGCCCAUUGAAAAAGAUGGACGCAUUCCAGCUCUUGAGAAUCUGGACAUCCGUGGCGCCAUUCAGAACCUGAAUAUUCGUGACAUCUUUGAGAAUCUAGACAUUCGUGCUGUCCUUAAAUAUUUAGAGGCUAUAAAGGACAAAGUGCUUGAAUACAUUGAGCAAUUCCAAAAUUAGAUCUGGGCCUUCAUACAGGAUUCUGACAUUCACACCAUUAAUGAGAAUGCAGAAAUUCGUGCCAUCCUCGAGCAUCCAUAUGUUCGUGCCAUCACUGAGAAUCCAUACGUUCGUGACAUCAUUCAGAAGGCUGACAUCCGUGCUUUGGUUAUGAAGACUGAUAUUCACGCCAUUAUUGAGAGAUGGCUGAAUGACAUUCUUGCCUAAAGCUGAACUGAUUUCAUUAUAAAGCUAAUCAAAUAAAGAACAUUAUGAGCAUCCAAGAA